AUGACGUCUAACGAACCCCUGCCGAUCACACGCACGCUCACGGCACAGUGCCUCUGCAAAAACGUUCACCUCUCCAUCACCCUACCCACUGCUGCCCCCCCCCUGCCCGUCCAUCUUUGCCACUGCUCUAUCUGCCGCACCACUCUGGGCGCUCUCUGCUGCUUCCACGCAGCUCUACCACUCGGAGUCGUUCCUCAAUUCCUCGCCCCCUCCUCCAAGGCUGCCAGUCUGACUGGCUACACCCACGCCCGUGCUGCCUGUACCCGCUACUUUUGCAGCACUUGCGGCUGCCACAUCGGCGACGAGGACCUGACGAGCAACAAGGCUGCCAAGGCCGCCAUCGCCGACCCGCAUUACCCUGACGAGACGUCUGCCCCUCCUGAAUGGCGCAUCGCCUCGUCUAUCUUCGCCGCCGGCACCCACGGCGAGGGCGGCCCCGACCAGGCCUUUCGCAUCACCACCCACUCCUUCGCCAACGCCGGGCCUUUCGGACUGCACCAGUGGCUGCCUCGCGUUGCCGAUCGUGACCUCAAGGUUUGGCAACCGCCUGCUGGUCACCCGCUGUUCCCCAUGGCAGCCGAGCCGUAUGCACCCGCUGUUCCUGACGCUGCCGCCAAUGACGAACUCCUGCAGGUCGGCUGCCACUGUGGCGGUGUCCGCUUCGCCGUUUCGCGACCGUCUCCCAAAGCCUCACCCCACACACCUAUUAGUCCUGUCCACCAGGACCGCUGGCUGGCUAACCUGGAUGGAUGCGACGAUUGUCGCCUCGUCAACGGUACACAUGUGGCCGCGUGGGCAUUCGUGCCUCUGGCCCACAUCCACCCGCCGCCGGUCCUCGAGCCCGCUGCCGGCGAGCUGCCAAACCCGGCUUACGCUACCCUGAAAACCUACUGCUUCUCCCCCGUCGCCAUCCGCGCUUUCUGCAGCAUAUGUGGAGCCACCGUCUUCUUUGCCAGACUUGAGCGCUUGCACCGCCCCGACGCCGAGGGCGCCCCCUACAUCAAUAUCGCUGUCGGCUUGCUGCGCGCUCCCGAAGGCGUCGACGCCCACAAUUGGCUGAACUGGCGUGCCAGUCGCCUGGCUUUCAUCGACAGUGCCCGUCGCUUCGACCGCUCCUUCGCCGAUGGCCUACUGAAUGGCUACAGUUCCUGGGGACGACGCACAUAUGACGAGGCGAGCCUUGUGAAGCUGAAGGCAAAACCAGCCGGGACUGCACAAUAUGUGGCUCAAGGAACGACCUAUGCAAGCUGA